AUGUCCACGCUCGUCUCGCGCCCCAAAGAUAGACCUACAGAGGUAGUGGCUGAUGAUGGCGAUAAGCUGGCCUCACAGCAAGAGGGAGUGCUGGACCGUGUUUUCCAGCUAACGCCAACGCCUUCGGUUAUUUUGGACCCUUCCUUUCGCAUAGUCGAAGUCUCGAAGAGCUAUCUCGACUUUUUCCAUUUGGCGCGGGAAGAUUGUAUCAAUUCCAGCAUUACUUGCAUGGACUCGAGCAAAAUUCCACUAAGCGAUGGCAAAUUACUGCGAGAGGCAAUUGAUCGAGCGGUCAGCAUUAGAGCUAUAAACACAGUGGAUGAACAGCAGACAUCCCCGGCUACGUGUCGUUCAAGCUUCCGCAUCGUGCCUGUUUUUGAGCACGACGACUCGCUGGCUUAUGUGCUUGUUGAAAGAUGCAGUAAGAAGGAACGGACAGUCGACGACGUCGUCAGGGAGCAACUCGAUGCCCCGGAUACCUAUCGCUCUCUGGUGGAUAGCGUCCAGGGAAUUGCAAUCUUUAUGUUGAACACUAAAGGCUGCGUCGAGACGUGGAAUAACGGCGCUCGCAUGCUGAAAGGCUACCGCGCGUCAGAGAUUAUUGGAAAACAUUUCUCUAUAUUCUAUUCUCAGGAGGACCAGGCCAAGAACAAGCCGGGAAAGGAGCUGCAGAAAUGCCUUCAGGAGGGAAGACUUGAAGACGAAGGAUGGCGCCAUCGCAAGGACGGCUCCAGGUUUUGGGCAAACGUUGUGAUAGCCCCUGUCUUCCAUCAUGGCACCCAUAUUGGCUUCAGCAAAGUCACCCGCGACAUCACAGAAAGGAAAUCGAUAGAGGCCCGCAUAAUAUCCGCCUACGAAGGGGCGUCGCAUCUCAAAUCCAAUUUCCUAGCUACUAUGAGCCACGAAAUCCGCACUCCGUUGAACGGACUCUGCUCUGCUUCGGCUCUCCUGAGAGAUACCCGGCUUACUGACGAGCAAAAUAAUUACGCACAAAUUAUAGCUGACAGUAGUUCCGUACUCCUGCAAAUCAUGAACGACAUUCUCGACUAUUCUAAGAUUGCUUCAGGAUCAUUUUCAAUUAACACAGAUAUAAUACAGGUUCGCGAGAGCGUUGACACUUGUAUACGCCACUUCCAGGACGUUGCAAAACCUGGCGUUUUGAUCCAUACCAGUUUUUCUCCCGAUAUCCCCGAACGACUGAAAGGUGACCCCGUGCGGUUCCGUCAGAUACUACAAAACUUGGUCGGAAAUGCGGUCAAGUUUACUGAAUGCGGCUCUGUCACCGUCAAAGUAACCGUGCCACAUCGGGAUAAUGCGACGCAUUGCAUUCGCACAGAAAUCGUUGAUACGGGCAUAGGCAUCAGCGCAGACUCGGCCAAACUGCUAUUUGAACCUUUUACCCAGGUACGCCAGCUGGGAGGGAAACAGUACCAGGGAACAGGGCUCGGUUUAGCCAUCUGCAGGAGCCUGGUCGAGAUGAUGGGAGGGACGAUCAGCUACGAGCCCAAUCACGAUAUCGAAGGCAGCAUCUUCCGGUUCACUCUGAACCUUCGAGAGGUAGAGCUACCGCAGGAGGUGCACAGGGAGUCAACUCCUCCAGGGAUGACUCCACUAGAAGAGAUCAAGUCCAUCUCUCCAGCCAAGCAGCUUCUACUGGUUGAGGACAACAACAUCAACCAAGCGGUGAUACUGAAAGUGCUGAAUGCGCUGGGCUUUAAAAGAAUAGAUGCUGCGUGUGAUGGCGAACAGGCAGUAUCGAUAUUAAAACAGAAACCAUUUUCCUACGAUGUCGUUCUUAUGGACAUCAAUAUGCCGGUGAUGGACGGCGUCACGGCCACAGGGCAUAUUCGGAACACUUUAGGCCUCGACGUCCCCAUUGUCGCGUUGACCGCGAAUGCAUUAAAGGGGGACGCUGAGUCGUUUUUGUCAAAAGGGAUGAAUGGCUAUGUUCCGAAGCCCGUGGAUCGCGGCCGCCUGAUCGAAGUUCUGUUGAGCAUCCUCGUGUGA